AUGGACGACGAAGCGAGCGGCGCAACGAUCUUGAACGGCCUCGCCGCGCUCCGGGACGGCCUGGUCCUGCUCUUGGAGAAGCUCUCGGAGGUGCACAAGAACUCCAAGGACAAGUGCGUCUUCCUCAUCAACAACUAUGACCUCGUGACGAGCGUCGUGACGGAGCGCAAGAUCACGUCGGACGAGACGGCCAAGUUUGACGAACUCCUCAUGGGCCAGCGCGACAAGUUUGUGGAAGAGGAGCUCGUGACGUGGUACGGACCGCUCAUUACGUUUGUGCAGCAGACCGAGGCGAGAGGCGUCGCACCGGAUGGGGCCAAAGUCGACCGCAUCACCAAGGACUUUAACGCCAACUGGAAGAGCGGCAUUGACAAGAUGAACGGGAACGUGAUGAAGUUUUUCUCCAACUUUCGCAACGGCAUGGAGAUCCUCAAGCAAGUGCUCACGCAACUCCUCUUGUACUACACGCGGUUCCUCGAGCUUGGCAAGAAGGCCGGCCGCGCGACGACCGAGAUUGUCACGACCCAAGAGAUUUUAUACGAAAUCAAAAAGUACUCGCGGUCGUUUUAA